AUGUUUGCUGAGCUUGGGAAAGGUGCAUGUUGUACAUAUAAGUUCCAUCGCCUGCUUCUGAAUUCAGGAAAGAAGCUCUUUUGGGUUAAUUCAAGGAGCCUUCAGUCUAAGCAGAAUUCGGUUGAUAGCAGUGAUAUCAAGGCAUUUGCAAAAUUAUCACCCGAUUGGAUAAAGGAAAAUGGACCCUUUAAGGCUUUAUAUUCCAUGAAUCGACUCAGGCUGCCGUUAAUUGUUGAUAUGAUUGGUCGCAAAACCGAACAAGGCCAUGAAUCUCUCUCGGGUUUACACAUUGCUGAUAUUGGAUGUGGUGGUGGGAUACUAACUUUUCCAUUGGCGCGAUUGGGGGCAGACGUUAAGGCUGUGGAUGCCUCCGUUGAUGUAAUUGCUUCGGUAGAAGCAGAAAAUUGUUUUCGUCAUGAAAAUUGCGGAUUAGGCAAUGCAGUGUUUAAGUGUUCAUCAGUUGAAGUCUUUGCUGCAGAAAAUGCUGGAAUGUUCGAUGCAGUUGUCGCAUCCGAAAUAAUCGAACAUGUUGCUGAUGUGGAAUUAUUUGUGGAAUCAUGCAUUCAGUUGGUACGCAAAAACGGUGCUCUCUUCUUCACAACUAUCAAUAAAACUGUAGCGAGUCGAGUGAUGGCUGUUUGGAUGGCAGAGAGAGUAUUGGGCAUUGUUCCGCCUGGUAUCCAUAAUUGGUCGAAAUUUAUUGAACCGAAAUUUCUUCGAAUGAUUUUGGAAGAAAAUGGUUGUAGUUUGCGUUUAUCGCACGGCAUGAUUUACAAUCCUUUAACGAAUCAUUGGUCAUGGAGUCGAAACACGUCGAUAAAUUAUGCUUUAGUUGCUAUCAAAAAUUAA